UCACCGCUUCAUACCCAAGUUCGAACAUAUCCAUCUGUCCCGAUAUUCUGGGUUGCCGGUAACCAUACAUUCCGAGGCCCUUAAGAACCUGGCAUUCCGCAUUCCUACCGAUUUCCCCUCGUGGUGUCUCUGGGAGCAUUAACUGAACUGUUCGCCGACGAGCAUUUCCGCGGCCAUGGCGUCGGCCGAUGCGCUAUCGGCGCCCGGGUCGGCGACCUAUGCGUCGGACACGAUGGUGGUAGGAGACGGGACUUGGGACUUCACCAAGAAUACUUUCCUGUUGCCAAAUCUGGCCGGGCUAAACUUCGAAACUAUGCGAUUCAAUGGCAUGGGCAACCGCUUUGCAACAGUGGAACAAUAUCACCAAUUGGUAACAGGCCACGGUAUUCUUGCCGUUAUAACGUUCCUCUUCGUCGUUCCGGCUGCGGUUAUGUACGCGCGAUUUAGGCCAUAUGGCCAUCUUAUUCGGCUACACGCUUAUUUAAAUAUUCUUGCUGUCGGUCUUAGUACGGUCGUAUUUGUGCUCGGCUGGUUUGCCGUGGGCCCGAGUCGAAGCCUAACGAAUCCCCAUCAUGGAAUUGGACUUGCCAUAUAUGUCAUGAUUCUGGUUCAAAUAAUCGGGGGCCGCAUAGUGAAGAAUAUUCGAAGAAAGUCGUUUAGACUCAUGCUUCAUCGCUGGCUAGGUCGGGCGAUUGCAAUCUUGGGAAUCGUUCAAAUUCCCCUUGGACUUACGCUUUAUGGGUCUCCCUUGUUUACCUUUGUUUUAUAUGCCGUGUGGAUGGGGUUCUUGCUCCUAGUAUACUUCAUCCUCAGUUGGCGACACGAAAGUGACCGUGACCGGGAUGACCUGACGAAUUAUGGGCGUUCUGAAGGUGGGUUUACGGAAUCGGAACGCAAGUCUGGACGAGGAACGGGAUUGUUGGGUCCGCUAGCCGCAGGAGCUGGCCUUUGGGCACUGUUGCGAGGGAGAAAGAAUCGUGAAAUAGACGAAGAACGAAGUACCAGCAUAUCGCAGCCACGAAGUCGUCGACCUGAGGUGAUCCCAUCUCAGAGAGGCUCUGCGAGCUACUUCGAGGAUGAAAAAGUCUCUGAUAGGUCCGAUCGCCGCGAAGGAGGUAUAUCGAAUUGGUUGAUUGGCUUAGCUGGGCUUCUUGGGGCUGGGGUGCUGGUUAAAGGUUCCCGAGAUAAAAGAGAAAAGCGAAGAUACGGCGACGAAGAAUACUCAGCGGUCGCGACCGACACGCCCAGUCGAUUUAGCCGUCCAAGCCGGGUCCGGAAGAGUGCUACCGACGGGUAUACCGAGAGUGAAUUUAGCGAGGAUCGGACAGAGCUUCACGCUCGCCCAAGACCGCACACUCCACUACUACCGGGCCCUGGUCAUCCUGCCGCCACUACAGUUCUAAGUGGUGGUACCGAGCCUAUGACACCGCGCGCAUCCCAUCCUCGACCGCCGAUUACGGAGAGUAGUUAUAUUUCAGACUAUUCGUCAUACGUGAGUCCGUCGAGACGAGCCAUUGAUGAUGAGGAGAGUAAAGCAGGGAAAGGCAUUCUUGCUGCCAUCGGAUUAGGUUGGCUGGCCAAGAAGAUGAGGGGAGAUGGCCAAACGGAUGAGGAACGACGGAAAAUGGAAGACGAGAGACGGGACGGGCAUCGCGGGUCAAAAUACACAGGCGAUGGAUACAGCACGCCAACAAAAUCAGGACGACGUCGGGUACCACCUACCGCUCCAACCGCCACAACCUUGACAUACGACACGGAAUCAUCAAUGCUGGAGGACCGUCCUCCGGGAACGAGCGUUAGCGGACCACCAAUGCCACCCCUUGGCGCGCGAGGUGGUCCACCUCCACCUCCAGUGCCAGUGCCAGUCACUGUCCCUGGUUCCCAUUCGAAUUCGCACUCGCACUCGCACUCGCAUUCACACUCCCGGUCAAGAUCGAGAUCCAAGAGUGUUAUUACUGACCCGGUUUCGAUGCCGUCAAUGCCACCAGACCCUCACGGAGUUCUUCACCCCCUGCGUCCGGGAUCAGGCACCGAGUCUUACUCAUCUGCUGGAAAUGGGACACAUAGAAGGGAUGACUCCCGUCGUCGUAGAGAUGCCGAAGAAGCUGCUAUGGCGGCUGCAGCUAGCGCUGCGGGUCUCGCCGCAGAGGAAGAAAAUCGCCACCGAAGGGAUCAUAGCCAAGUUUCCAGUCAGCCAGUAAGCGUGAAAGUGAAAUAUCACGAUGAUCGAGAUAGGAACAUCACAUUACGACGUAUUACACAAGAAGAAGCGGCGGCGCAAAACCGACGUAGCCACAGGGGUAGAUCGGAUUCCAUUAGUACUUUCUCGGAGAGCGAAGCACCUCCCAGCCGUCAACGAUACCGACGCGAUUCUAGUUCUCAGAGGACCGCGCAUGAAGCCGCAGCGGAGGGACUGGUUUCCGAAUCAAUGUCGCCACCAACGCCUGUUUUUACUGGAGGAAGACGAGGGGGAAAAGAUUCGGCCUAUUACUCUGGCCAGCCAGGUCCUUCUGGUGGACCGCCCCCAACCGCACCGACCGUUUCCAGCUUGGAGACUCCGGCGGCAAGUCGUGCGACGUGGAGUGCGAUAACCCCUUCUCCAGCAGGCCCCUCAGGUUCAAUAGCUCCAUCAGCUGCAGAUCGAAGACGAAGAAGACGUCAAGAGCGAAGAGAUCAGAGACCUACGGAUACCGUCGAAUUUGACUAGCAUCCUAGCGAUUCUUUAUAAUCUCUUAGACUCAUUGUUCGGAGUUUUGGCGUCUACUUUGAUGAUUAAACAGGUAUAUGAAAAUGCAUGUAUUUCAAGGGGCAGCAUAUAUUUGUAGGUUUCUGUCUUCGGGAGAUAAUGACGUUUGGAGAGAGUUAGGGCUCAUGAUAGUGUGUGGGUGAUGUUUUGCAUGAUAUCCCACGAUAUCCGAUCCAUCGUUUCCUUUUUAUGUGUUAGUGUAAUUGUACAGUAGUGGACGAACCUAACAGAAUGACAAUAUGUAUGACCCCGAAUAGAAUGAAAUGGACUUGCAUCAUUUAUGAAUCUCUUUUUUUUUUUCCCUUCAACAUGCAAAUUUGGGAUUAAAAUUUAAA